CCAAAUAUGAACUAGGAUCCACCACACUACCCGAUCCAUAACACAUCGACCCGUGCAUGGUCUCAGUAAUCAAACCCUUACCGCGUUCCCCACUCUGCCAUCGCAAACCCUUCCCCUCACAGAGUUCGUCAAUUCUUUCGGUGCCUUAUUUGUUCUUUGUUGCUGUUAUUGUGUUGUACAAGUACAAGUUCAAUUUCAAUGUUGAAGUUUAUUAGUUGAAUAAUAGAACAGUCCAUGGCUGAAGAAAUGACAAUGGUAGAACCUGGAAGAGGUAAGAGGAAAUUUUUUAAAAAGCAAGGCCAUAAAAAGUCAAGUAAUAAAGCAAAAGUGAUGCCACCACAACAUGGACAGAAGAAAGUUAAAAUAGACAAAAAAAUGAAGAAACUUUUCCGCAAGCGUGCACGAGAGUAUAAUUCUGAUGAUGAAGAUGAGGAGGCCACUGUACCUGCUACCUCAGAGCCUAAAGGUCUGGCAUCUAUCACCAAUAAAAGAAAUGACGAGGAUGACACAGAAAGUGAGGAUGGGUCUGAGGAUGAAGGAGCUGCAGGACCACAAAAAACAUGGAAUAAGAAUGCUACUGAUAUGAAUAACCACAGCUCUGAUGAUGAAGGAGAAGAUGAUAAUGAAAUUCAGCCAGGAAUUACAAAAUUCACUGAAGGAUGUAGAGCAUUCAAGAUGGCCUUUAAGAAUAUUAUGCAGAAGAGUGUUCCUGAUGACAUGUUGGGUCCAAUACUGUCAGGGCAAAGGAAACUUGUUGUAGACAAACUUGCAGAAGAGGAAGCAGAAAGCAAGGUCAAGGGAGAGGCCAAAAAAGAAAAGAAGAUGUUGGCAGAAAAGGGGCAUGUCAAACCUGCUACAUACUUGGAUUCACAUGAAAAGUUUUUAAUAAGUGUUGCUACAAAAGGAGUGGUCAAGCUGUUCAAUGCUGUAAAUAAGGCACAAACUGCUCAGAAAGGACUGAACCCCUCAAGGACUAAGGAUGCAAAAGAGAUACGAAAACGAACCAAACAGGCCUUCUUUUCAGAGUUAGGGAAACCAUCAUUGCCUGCAAUUGGCACCACUACAAAGGCCAAGGAAAGCACUGACAGGGUAGAAGAUGAACAACCUGCUUGGGCUCCAUUACGAGAUAAUUAUAUGCUGACAAGUUCAAGGCUAAAGGAUUGGGACAAAAUGCCUGAUAAAAAUGUAUCAGAUGACAUGGGAAAAACUUCUGAAGAUAGUAGUUCAGAUGAAGAUUAGUAUUUUAGAACUCGAGCAAGCAGAAUUGAGAUAUUCAUGGUGGGACAAUCUGUCAGUUUUUGAAUAUUGGUACUGUUCUAGUUGUUACUGGCAUAGGAAUAUCUUAUCCAUACAUUUUGUUGCCAUUGGUGUACCAAUACGAGCAAUGAAUCACCUCCAGUAAAAUUCCUCCUCAUUCUGUUACUCUACACCAUUCUCCUCAUUGUUUCCAAAUGAUCCAAUUGAUUAAUGAAUAUUAUUAAAUUUAACUA